CCACCCCCGCCCACCUCCGCCUCUUCCAGCCUCGUUGGGAUGGCCUACUGCUCCGAGUCCUUGUCGACCCUGUCAGUUCCCACUCCGGCCCCGUCAGUUCUCAUCCCGACCCCAGCCCUCUCCCGUGCGGGCCGGGUCUCUGCUUCUGUCUCCCCUCCGUAACCUCCGGUCCCGGUCUCCGUCCCCCGCCCCGUUGCCCUCUCCCCGCCCAGAGGCCCUGUCCCGUUCCCGGCCCCAUGGCGCUGCAGGCGCUGCAGAGCUCAGGGGUGGCCUUCCGCAAGAUCCUGUCUCACUUCCCCGAGGAGCUGAGCCUGGCUUUCGCCUACGGUUCCGGGGUGUACCGCCAGGCGGGGCCCAGUGCAAACCAGAAGAAUGCCAUGCUGGAUUUCGUGUUCACAGUAGAUGACCCUGUUGCAUGGCAUUCAAAGAACCUGAAGAAAAAUUGGAACCAUUACUCUUUCCUAAAAGUUUUGGGGCCCAAGACUAUCACCAUUGUCCAGAAUAACUAUGGUGCUGGAGUUUACUACAAUCCAUUGGUCGUCUGUGAUGGUAGGCUUGUCAAAUAUGGAGUUAUUAGCACUAGUGUUUUGAUUGAAGACCUGCUCAACUGGAAUACCUUAUACAUUGCUGGGCGACUCCAAAAGCCAGUGAAAAUUGUUGCAAUGAAUGAGAAUGUCAGUCUUAGGUCAGCCCUUGAUAAAAAUCUGAAGAGUGCUGUGACCACUGCUUUCCUCAUGCUCCCCGAGAGCUUUUCGGAAGAGGACCUCUUUAUAGAGAUUGCUGGACUCUCCUAUUCAGGAGACUUUCGGAUGGUAAUUGGAGAGGAUAAAACAAAAGUGUUGAAUAUUGUGAAGCCCAACAUAGCCCACUUCCGUGAGCUCUAUGGCAACAUACUACAGGAGAACCCCCAAGUGGUGUAUAAAACCCAGCAAGGCAGACUGGAGAUAGAUAAAAGCCCAGAAGGGCAAUUCACUCAGCUAAUGACAUUGCCUAAAACCUUACAGCAACAAAUAAAUCAUAUUGUGGACCCUCCUGGAAGAAAUAGAGAUGUGGAAGAAACUUUACUACAAGUUGCCCAUGAUCCUGACUGUGGAGAUGUAGUGCGACGAGGACUUUCAGCUAUUGUGAGACCUUGUAGUAUGAAACAGAGCAUCAAAGGCAUUUUCACUGGUGGUGUGAAGAAAUCGGUGAUUUAUAGUUCAUUAAAACUGCAAAAAAUGUGGAAAGGAUGGCUGAGGAAAACAUCCUGAUUUUGCUUGCUUUUGUAUAUGUUAUGUAGAGAAGAAUAAAGUGAUCCCUUUUAACAGAA